UGGAUCGGACACUCCGCCGAUUUUCCGACUUUCCGACCACCCGGCGGCGGCGGCGGAUUUCCCGACGGCGAGGGCGCUGGCGUCAUUUUAGCAUUGCGGGCUAUGGGCGGAGCGUGUCUUUUUGUAUACUUUUGUCGUUUAUUACUUACCUAUAACCGAUUUUGAUGAAAAUUUUUGUGAACCAGGUAGAACAGGAAUUGAGGAAUGUCAUGGAAAUAUUCUUUUCCCAGUUUUGAUUUAAGAAGUUGCUUAAAUUCUGCUGACAAGUGAGGGUUCGUGAUUACAGCCGAAGAGCCAAUGUUGGAAUAAAGUUAAGUUUUAUGCGAUAACAUGAAAAUAAGUUGAUAUUUGUAUUAAAUCAUCAAUAGGAACUUGUUUGACUGCCAAGGAACGAUGAUAUUUGAUGAUAAAUUGCAUCGGCAAGUCAAGAAUACCGGCUCAGUUUAUGGGCAUCAGGUAAUGAUUCCUUAUGUGAUAGUGACUAAAUGGAGCCAUAAUAAUUAUAAGAAAGGACUAAAAAUUAUGUUUAAAGUGUCUGAAAUUGUGUCUUAUGAGCUAAAGUUCGCUAAUUUCGCCCUCCAUUACCGCGUUUUUAGCACGGAAGCCGGUGCGGCGGCCGCCGGCGCACUCGCCGCCGAUGUUUCGGAGCUCCGCCACCAGGGCGGCCGCUUGGUCGCCGGCGCUAGUGUUGGGGAAUAGGGAGUGUCCUAUCCAGGAAUACUUCAUCCAUGGGACUGGAGUCCAUAUUUUGUAGCAGCCAGUUCUGCCUGUCUUCACGAUGGGAGGCCAUGAUGACCACCACCACAACCACCAUGGUGACUGUGCCCAUGAGGACACCGGCGUGGACCCAUCAGAGAUGGGCAUUAUGUACAGCCUCUACCAGAAGAUUGACAUUGACCAUGUAGUCUGUUUAAAUGAACAGGAAGAAGAAUCGGGCAAGACUAUCUUCAAAGCCUGGGAGAACAGGCUCGACAAAGAAAAGUACGUGGAUUCUGAUGCUGAUGCGGAAUUACUCAUAAACAUACCGUUCACCGGCAACAUCAAGCUGAAGGGGCUGAUUCUGAUCGGUGGAGAGGAGGGCACGCACCCCACCAAGAUCAGACUCUUCAAGAACCGGCCUCAAAUGACGUUUGAUGACGUGGGCGCGCCGCCUGAUCAGGAGUUUGAGCUCCAUCGUGAUCCGGAGGGGAAGCUGGAGUACAGCACAAAAGUGGUGACAUUUUCCUCCGUCCACCAUCUGACCGUCCACGUGCCGGGCAACAUGGGCGGCGGCGACGUGACGCGACUCUACUACCUGGGCCUGCGGGGAGAGUUCACUCCGGCACACCGGCACGGCGUCACUAUCUGCAACUACGAGCUGCGGCCCAAUGCCUCCGACGUCAAGGAGGAGAGUCUGCACGACGUGACCCGUCAGGUGCAGUGAGCGCCGCCCCGCGGCUGCCGCUCGUGUGUGCUGAGAGCCCGUGGGUUGGGAGGUUCAUUCUGUGCAGUUGGAAUGUGCGAAAUAUGAUGUUGAAGAAAGCUAGCUGAGCCGUUUCGCUCCGGCACUGUGUAUUGUGCAGCAACAACGUAAAGUUUAUCAGUGAUGUGGCGGAGGACCGAGGUCGGAAGGCUCGCUACCGCAGCACUUCGUGCGUCCUGUACCAGCCUGAUAAUAGUUGAGCGAAGCACUGAGGACGACGCGGGCACGCUCGUGAUGCCUUAUAAGCUGUGUCGCUUUCCCACACCCCCAGUAUCUGUUGCCCCGGAGAAUCUCCACUCCAUGACACGUUGUUAUACUGUCAGAACCGGUGAAGCUGUGAUCUCUGCGGACGUCCUAUGCCUAGUCCUCGGCGUCGUCCCGCGCGUGCUCCGUUCAUGUGAUGAACAUGUGGGUGGAAGUUGGAACGCAUGUUGGCGGUCUAUUGGACGGUUUUUGACGGUGGUUAAAUAAACGAGUUUCGUUUCGCA